AAACACAGCUAUAUAAUAUGGCGAACGAGUUGCUUAUUUUAAUAAAUUUGCGUACACUUUGCUGUUUUUGAUUGUCCCAAGUUUACUGUGUUUUAGCAACACUUUUGCAUUCCGUUUGUGUUGACAUUCGUAACAAAACACGUGAAAUACAAUUCAUAAACAAAAUAAGUAGAUCAGCGUCUUUGCAAAAUUCCUGAAAAUGACGCCAGGAAAUAAAGCCAACUCAGAUAGUGAUUUAGAAAGUGUAAUUUCGUUUCAAGAUGCGCCUAAGCCACGUCGAAAUAGCGUCGGUCCUAAAUAUAUUUGCAGUAUUGAGGGUUGCGGUAAAAGUUUUAAACGUCUUGACCAACUCGAUCGCCAUGAAUAUCAUCACACUGGAGUUAAAAAGCAUUAUUGCAUAUAUGAAGGUUGCGAUAAAGUUUACUCGAUUCUAACGCACUUGAAGCGUCAUUUGCGUACCACACAUGAACGGGCAGGACCGCCAGUGAAAAAUGUACCUUGUCAGAUAGCCGGUUGCUUGAAAAUGUUUCAGUCCGAGACGAACAUGUACCGACAUAUACGUGAGGUACAUGAAAAUCCCAAAAUCUAUCCUUGCUCGUUUUGUGCAGAGAAGUUCACACAGAAAUUGAAAUUACGUAGACACGAAAUACAAAAACACACUGGUGAUUAUCCCUACACUUGCGAAAAGUGCUCGCGCGGUUUCUAUCAACAAUGGGAGCAUGAGCGACACGUACCAAGCUGUAAAGUGUAUAUUUGCGCCAAUUGUAAUGUGAAGUUUGAUAAAUGGACCAAAUACCUUAAACAUUGUAAAGAAAAGCAGCAUGGACGGAAGUAUUAUCAGUGCGAGCAAUGUGAGCGUGUGUAUGGCAAACCCAGUGAAUUGCAGAAACAUAUAGCCGCCAAGCAUAUGGACGAAGAGAAGAAAAUGAAUUUUAAAUGCCCUAGCUGUGAACGCUGUUACGCCUAUGAACGUAAUCUAAAGCAACAUGUACGCAUUGCACAUGGUGGCAAACGUUUUGAAUGUGGAGAUCCUGAUUGUGAGCGUGUUUUCAGUAGUGCGCAAAAUUUGGCAAAACAUUUACAGCGCGAACACGCUACGUCUGUAGAAAAGAAAGAUGUAGUUCCAAAAGAGACGAAAAAACGUAAUAAUAAGGGUGUACGUAAGAAGCGUAAGGAUGCUGGUCAGUCCAUUAUGUCAAAUCUAUCGAAAUUCAGCGGCAUAGCUGUUGAUAAAAAUCUCGACAAAUUGCUUAGAGAACGUGAAGAUGAGGCUUUAGAUAUAACAGGGGAGAAAUUGGCGCAGGACCAAAGUGAAAGCGAUGAAAGUGAAGAUAAUGUGCCGCUUUCACAAUUAACAGUGUGCAAUGUAGACAAGAGUGUGGAAAAUUUAAUGAGCGCUGUUUUGACUGAUGUCUGAACAUAGUAUAUACAUAUAUAAUA